AUGAGUUGGUGUGCAUGAGUUUUAUGGAAGUGUGUGUUGAAAUGUUUCUUGUGCGUCUCUAGAAAACAAACAAAACGUUUGUGGCGUUUUUUGGAAAAUUCCUCUUCGAUUUUCUCGCAUUUUUCACAAUAAAUCAUGGCACUGGCUAAGCCGAAAUCUGAACUAACCCCGGAAGAGUUGGCCCGGCAGGAGGAGGAGGAAUUCAACACGGGGCCCCUUUCUGUGCUCACGCAAUCUGUGAAGAACAACACUCAGGUACUCAUAAACUGCCGCAACAACAAGAAGCUUCUGGGACGCGUAAAAGCAUUCGACCGGCAUUGCAACAUGGUCCUUGAAAAUGUGAAAGAAAUGUGGACGGAAGUUCCCCGGACCGGCAAAGGAAAGAAGAAAGUAAAGCCCGUGAAUAAGGAUCGCUUCAUCUCAAAAAUGUUCCUCCGCGGAGACUCAGUUAUUCUCGUCCUGAGAAAUCCAUUGGCUACCGUGGCGGGCAAAUAA